CGUCUGUUGCUUUGCCCUAAAGAAAUGGGUUAGCGAAAGUGUUUGAAAAUUAUAAGAGUACGGUUGCUCUUCAAAGCUUUAACAAAUUUUACUAUUUUUUUAGACAAUGUUUGUGUGUAAUUAAUGUAAUUAUUAAUUAUAUUGUAAUCUAAGUUUUUAGUUAAAAAUGCAAGUGAAAUCGGAAAAGAAUUGUUCCAAAACUGGGCACACUUAUUUACAAUGGCUACUAGCGAUACUGGUAAAUACAACACUCUUAACAUUCGGUCUGCAAUUCGGUUGGAUAUCUGCAACGACCAAAGUUCUACAAUCCAACGAUUCUCCAACUGGUCCCUUGACGGAUACCGAAAUCUCCUGGGUUGCAAGCACCCUGUCUUUGUCAGCUGCUUUUGGAGGACCAUUGUAUUCUGUUGUUGCUGAUAAGCUUGGGCGGAAGAUUGCAGUCUUGGCGAUUAUUAUACCUCAGACUAUUUGCUGGGUAAUAAAGAUCCUAGCGACUAACGUCGCGACCCUCAUCGUCGGACGAGCAUUCGCAGGGUUAGCUGCUGGUGGUUGCUUCAAUGUUAUCCCUAUUUACAUCAAAGAAAUUAGUCAAGAUGACAAUAUCGGUUUAUUGGGAUCUCUUUUCAUUAUGUUUCAGAAUAUAGGUAUAUUUCUUAUUUACGCAAUAGGCCCGUACUUGGAUUACAGAACAGUGAUAUUGAUAGCAUUACCAGUACCUGUGGUAACCAUGGCGGUAAUGCUAAAGGCUCCAGAGACACCCGCAUUCUUGGUCAAAGUCAAGAGAUAUGAGGAAGCUAUUGCAACCAUUGCUUUACUUCGACGUUUGGAUAUUAAUGACAAACCCGUUCAAAAUGAAUUCCAGUGUUUAAGAAACGAAGAUGUGUAUUUCAAAUCUAUACCUAAUGUGUCUUUGAAAACUAUUUGGAUGCACAAACCCUGGCGUCGCGGUGCCUUGCUUAUGACCGUAAUGCUCAAUAUCACAGCAUUCAACGGGUGCACCUCUAUUAUUACCUAUGCGUCUUCCAUCAUGGUAUCUUCAGGAGUCACCUUGAAUCCUGAGUUGCAAACUUUGAGCUUUCCCGUUAUAAUGGUUCUGGCAGCUUUCGUAUCUAUGGCUUGUAUUGAACGUUUUGGGAGAAAGACCUUGUCAUCGAUUGGAUUAAUCGGCGUAGCCAUCUGCCUAAUCUCCCUAGCAAUCAUCAUUCAUCUGCAGUGUCACGGCAUAUUUCCUCCUGGAUGGCUGACAGUUGCGUGCAUAAUUUUGGCGUUGGCGUUCUACGCUGCUGGUAUUUGUCCCGUGCCUUAUAUUAUGAUGUCUGAAAUGUUUAAUUUCCAAAUCCGAGCAAAAAUAAUAGCCAUGAUAGUUAGCAUCUCCUGGUGUGUCAGUUUCGUUCAACUCAUCAUCUUCGCCCCUAUCACCAACGCCGUAGGCAUCCAUUACGUGUUUUACAUCUUCAGUGUUUUAAAUUUAUUUAGUGUGGUGUUUAUUAUUAUCUUUUUGCCUGAAACCAAGGGAAAGAGCGUUGAGGAAAUCGAAUUGGAGUUGAGCAAAUGAAGGCAUGGUUUCGCUCAUAGAAUAAGAUUUGUAAAUAAAGAUGCCCGGAAAGGUUUAAUACCUAUCAUAAGGGUCGCUUGUUGCAUUCUUGUCUUUAAUUUUUUGUUUAUCUGUGUGUUUUAUUCAUCUGUACAGUAAAGAAUAUUGUAUUCUCGGCAGCAUAUUAAUGAAUUUGGUGUUAGAAUGCCUGUUAUUUCGUUCCUUAAUGCUUUUAUUAUUCUUAAUAUCUUUGAAGUCCAUGUUGUUAUAGUCAAUGUAUAUAUUUAUGUAUUUAUUUAUUUGCAAACAAUGUAGGUACAAAGAUUAAUAAUUACAUACAUACCCCUUUGGGGUGCAGCUAUUAAUUAUUGUUAAAGAUAAAAAUAAUAAUAAUAAUUAGGAAGGAAAUACAUAUAUCAUAUUGUAAUUAACAUUAAUAGACUAUAGACUAUUAAAUACUCUUAAAAUUACAUAUCAGAAACUGGACUAUUUGGGCUUAUUGCCCA